GACACAACAUCUUAUAAAACAUUGAGGGCUGCGAUUUAUUUCAUUCAGUUCCUGAAGAAUCUCUCGGUUUGGUACUUGGUAGAAUUUCACCAGUUUUAAUAAAAAUGUAUAACAAAGUGCUGUUCUUGAUUCUCACCCUGGCAAUUCUGACCGUUAAGAGCGCUCCAUUUCUGGACCUAACAGGUAGUGGAUCCGGAACCGGAGGUCUGCUCAAUAAAGUUCAAGGGUUUUGUGAAAGGGUUUACAAUAGAAAUCGAGACUUUGUGAACGGUAUUAAUGAGAAGGUCUCCACUGUUCUGUUGAUUCCACCUUUGCCAUCGAAAAAUAACAACGACGAGGAUGAGAUUCAACAGUUCAAUAUGCCCUUAGGAGAGGAGGAUCGGUUGGUGUAUUCGACGCGUGGGCUGAGUGAAAAAUACACGGAGCCAAAAUCGAGCAAUGAAGAACAACCAAAAGUGUGAUGAGAAGAGACUUGAAAAUCCUGAAAACAAAGAAAAAUGUAUUUUAUUGCUCACUGAUCCAGAAUUCCAAAUAUUCACACAAACUCUUCUAUACAAAAAAAAAACGAUUUAAGUCAAUGCAAUAACUUUCACUUGAAACUAUAGAUCACUAGUUUUGUGAGGAUUCGGUAAAACAUUGAUCAAGUUAUUUGAAAAAAAAAACCGAAAUGACACAAACGACUGAAGAAAAAAAAAUUCUCAAAAAAUUGCACAUGUUCUUCACACUUAAGCAUAAGUGUAGUAAAAGUCAGUUUUUGCAUGGAAAACAUAAAGUUCGCACUCUUAUGCACUUGCUUAUGUAGUGUUUCGCUGUAAAGGGUGAACGGUCAAAAUUUGGUCAAGGGAAAACACGUGUAAAUCGGUGAAAUCGUUUAUUUAAAAAAUCAAAUUAAAUUUCUUGUUCAAGUUUAAUUAGUAUAAAACUCAGGAAAAAUA